GAUACGAUAAGAGUGCGUGUAAAUCUAUAUCUAAUGUUACGGGCUGAGCUCGCCCCUUGGAUAGACUCGGCCUAUGGCCUUGUAACCCUGGUAACGCAGAAUUCCUCCUACUGGACAUGUGAGCAACAUUGUUUUACACUUCAACGCAGCCCCCCCGCCCUGAACUUCCUGUUCUUCAACUAUUCCUUCGGUACGUAGAGGCGUAGCUAGUUCGUCAAUCGAUACGCUGCUCCUAACAUCUAACCCUGAUAACUAUAUUUCCUCUUUCUUGUUCGCUUCAGUAUCCACCCAUUGUGGUCUUGCUUCGAUGAGAAAGCUGGCUCUAGCAUAUUGAUAAUUCGCCUGGUGAUAGCUUUGUCAAUUUUGAGCCUUUUAUCAGGUCAACAUUGUAAAAUCGAAUACAGUUCAGAGUAGUCGAAUGUCGGUUUAUAAAUUCCCCAAGCGCGCCUGAGUGAACGGACAGAUACCGCAUAUCAAGCUUGCAGAGCUUUGGCAAGAUAACGCCUUCUGAAAGUAGAUUUAUUGUUGCUUUGUCACUUUGCAGAAUUACUAUCUCAACGCCACUGAGAAGAAUUUGGAUAAUAGAGGUGGAAAGGCAGUUAUAUGAUUCCAAACCACAUAGACUGAGUGAUUGUGGAUGGUGCGCCUUUCCGUAGAUUGCUUUUGAGAGGGUGGCCAAGUGUCGAGUUUUUGACAUUCCUUCGCCAUUAGUAGGCAAAUCCCAAAAUUUCUCCAGCCACCAGCUAAAGGCGUCUGUAGAUAUUCUCAAAGUCACAUGUGAUAGGCGUGGAUAGGCCUCGCCAAAACCCGCCCAUCGCCCAAGCCCGCCCACGAAAACCCAACCCGUGGGUUGGGUUGGGUCUUAGUCAGCAGACCCGUGGGCGGGUUGUCUUCUGGCAAACCCAACCCAAGACCCAAAUGGGUAACUGUUGAAUAAAGGUUGACACAUUGUGUUGAUUAUCUUGGUUGACUUGAUUUUCUUUUACAGGGGUGGGAUGCCUCAUAUAUAUGACUCCCAAUCCCAGUUAUUCCAAGCUUUCCUCACGUGAUGUUUAACAGGCGGGUUCAUGAAGGCCAAAACCCGCGUUGGGUUACCGUGGGCGGGUAAAGAAAUGGAAAACCCAACCCAAACCCACGUUUGGCGAGAUCUAACUAGGCCUGUAAAAUGCUGUUCUAUCGCAUGGCGCACGCCACAACAUGCAGGGUACCAAACGCGUAGGGCUGAUGCUGAUUUGCGGAAUGUUGUCCGCGGAGACGCGGAGAAGCGGCAACGCAACCUAUUUCGGACAUCAUGACGCAAACCACUCCCUCGGGAUCCAGGCCACCAGUAUCAUCUGAGAGAUGGCUUCAGGCUCUAUUCGUCGGCGUCUAUUUGGCCCGCAUGAUGCUUUCCAUUCUGUAAUAUGGUUAUAAAACAUCCAAAGGCUUAUAUUAUUCAUGAAGCGCGCGUCCAACUACUUAUGUUAGGAUAAUAGACGGAUUCUCUGGGUUUCUAAACAAAUAUGCAUGAUGUUCCCGCAAUCAAGCAGUAUAAUUCAGAUUGUUCGUCUAUCGCCUUGCAUAUUACGACAGACUGUGAGGCACUAUGCGACCUCUCAUGCCCUAGGCACACGCCACACUGGAGGACGAAGCUUCAACACGUUACUUGUCACCUUGACCUCGCCGAUCUAUACUUCGAGCAGGUUCGGUAAUGUCCGAAUACCUCGGUCAAUAUCCACCAAGAGCUGUCAUACACACGACGAGAGUACGAUCACGAUCUGGACACGAUUGAUGGUAAUCACAGGGAUUCUCACGGCCAGCUGGCACCUCUAUAACAGAAAACCGGGGGUUUUCCUCAUCGGUGAGGUAACGAAAACCGAACUAGGAGUCGCUGAGCUUCCACGGGAUGGGAAUGAACCAAAAGCACAAGGGUCAAGGAGUAUUUAUUUCAUAGACGCCUUGAACAAGGAGGCGAUUCGCGACCUCCCAAAAGAGACAGCCCUGCUGACCAGCGCGCCAAAUGUGCCUCCUCGCAUUACACGAGAUUACCCCGUCCUGCUUCAAGUACCACUAGAAACAAAAACAAAACUCGUCCAGUUAAUAAACAGCCACAAGUACGAGCAGUGGACUUUCAACAACACUGUCCCGGGCCCAUUCAUUCGCGCCAGGGUAGGCGACACACUCGAGCUGUCCCUGACAAACCGCGACGAGACCGGAAACCCGCAUAACAUCGACUGCCACGCUGUCCUCGGCCCCGGCGGAGGUGCCGCCCUAACGACCGUCUCCGAAGGCGAGACCAAAGCCGCCCGUUUCAAAUUGCAGUGUCCGGGGCUGUACAUGUACCACUGUGCCGCGGCGCCAGUCCCCGUGCACAUUGCCAACGGGAUGUACGGGCUCAUCUUCGUGCAGCCGGAGAAGGAGACGCUCCCGCCCGUGGACCGCGAAUACUACGUGAUGCAGAGCGAAUUCUACCACGAGCCGCCGGAGAGACUCGACGACGGGAAGCCCAGCCCUGUCGUCGAAUUCUCGUACCCGAACGCGCUCCGCGAGGAGCCCGACGUCGUCGUCUUCAACGGCCACGAGGCAGCGCUAACCAGGGAUUCGCCGCUCAAGGCGCACGUGGAUGAGACAGUGCGCAUCUAUUUUGGCAACGCGGGGCCGAACCUCACGAGCUCGUUCCACGUCAUCGGUUCGAAUUUCAACCGCGUCUAUCGCGAUGCGGACGUGAUCAGCCCGCCCGCGCAGUUUGUGCAGACGGUUGUCGUUCCGCCCGGUGGGGCGACGAUUGUCGAUAUGGCCAUGGUGGUUCCAGGGACGUACACGUUGGUCGAUCAUGCGAUUUUCCGGCUUGAAAAGGGGGCCGUGGGGUAUUUGAAUGUCGCGGGGGAGCGACGGCCGGAGCUGUAUAAGAGUGCGGAGCAUGACCCCCCUGCACCUUGCGUGGGGUGCAAGCUGCAUCCAUGAGCUACGGUUUGUUAAAACCCAACCCGCUCGUUCCACCCCGAUUUAUCGUGGAUGGUUCCUCCUUGAUAUCCGGUCAUUUUCAAGCUUCACGAUUUUCCUACACCACGCGCAAGGUAAAAUUAAAUGGCCAGCAAGCAAUGUUCUACGAGUACGAUAAAGUAUUUUGCCUAGCUUCUUUGGCUAUAUAGGAGAACGUGUCCAUAUAACUUGCAAAGUUAGCAUACGGUUUUUCAUGUCUGCCUUGUGUGGUGCUUUCUAUCAAAAGAAAGCGAGAUCCAAUCCCUUAAUAUAUUCUAUACUACUGUAUGAAGAUGAGAGAGUUCCAUCCCAGGUUGCUUUGGUUACGAUGCUCUGAUGUCCUGGCGAUCCGCCUCCGCUUUAGGGAGGAGAAGCCAAUCAUCUGGAACCUUAGUAAUAGCUCAGUCAUAAACACGGGCCCUUGGCGUUCUGAUCAGCAGCUGAGUCGGUAGCUGCGUGGGGGUUUCGAACGAUCUACCCAUCGUUGGCCUUCUUGUAGUUCAACUACUAUUUUAACAUACCCCUCUAGUUAUUGUACAACUACUAUUUUAACAUACCCC